AUGAGUACCACCGGACCCAGCGCCGCCAACAAAGCAAGCAAGAGAGGGACUUUUCAUUUUUCGGUCGGCUAUAAUCAUGAUGCGCCAAACCCUGGGGCUAAUGAGAAAGAAAUUUCGACAGAUACUCCUGAAGGAACAGCUCUUAAGGCACUCAGGAAGCUGGCAAUAAAGCUGUUUUCCGAGGGUCUAGCCAAGCAGGUAUAUGGGGAUUUGGCUUUUGCACACGUCAAGCUUCAUGGCUAUCAAAUGAGUGAAACCCAUGCUAGAGAGUCUACAAAGAUUUUCUUUGCUCGUUUAGGGCGGCAAAAUGGGAAUUACUUCCCAAAAUUGGCCAUGGAUAGUAGUAUAAGGCCCGGCGAUGAGUUCGCCUAUGUCCCGAGAACAGAUGCGGACUGGGAGGCCACAUUGCAGACCGUCGAUGAUGGAGACAUGUCAAGGUUGACUAUUUAUCUCAAUCCAAGUGUCUAUAAAUCAAUGGCCAAUGCAUAUAAUAAGUCGCUUAAAGCCGAGGCGGAGGCAAAAAAUAUCCAAAAUCAGCUGGAUAUUAUCAAUAAAAGGAUUGAAACUAGUACUUCCGACAAAACUAUACAAGAGCUUAAAAAAGAGAAAGAAGGCUUGGAAAAAAAGCGCGAUAAGUAUCUUGAAAAAGAGGAAGAAUAUGCACAGGUCUAUAGGAAUUUUAAGUACGCUAUGCUGGUCACCAUGACCCAUGAGGUCGCGCACUUAUUGAUCAUGUACAUCCAAAUGGUCGUCACUGGGGACCAUCAGAAAGGGCGAGCUGUCACUCCAGAGGAAAUAGACCACAUGGAUUACGGACCUGCCGGUAAAGGUGAGUCCGGGGCAUGGAUUGAAUUGAAGCUCUUUGGCGGUGAUCUUCAAUUCUCAUCAGAUCCAGUGGAGAAAAAGGAAGGAAAAACAGUAAUGUUACAGGAUCGAGGCAAGGGCAAACGGAGAGGUGAAUUUAUUGUUCCCCAAGAAAGGGUCAAUAAGUUUUGUGAAGGGAUCUUUGAAUUUACCGGCACUGGGCGUUUGAGACGGUCGAAUGCUGGUAGAGCAGGAAAGCAAGCUUACCACGAUGACACCAAAGUUCAUGAUAUUCUAAUUCUCUGGGGCGAUGUGGAAGGCACAAAAGCUGGCCUAAGUAAAUUGGCUAAAGAGACACAGGAGGCCGCCGCGACAAAGGCCGCAGCGCUAAUGGCCAGAGCGGAAGCGAGCGAGGCUGCAACGAAAGCGGACUCGCUAGGUAAAAAGCCAGAGGCUGCUGCCGCAAGGAAAAAGGCAGCAGCAGCAGAGAGAACUGCCAAAGAGAAAGAGGCCUUAGCGAAGAAGGCCGCAGACAAAGUAGCAGCCAGUAUGGGUUAUCAUAAGCCGACGAAAACAACUCAACAGGCUUGGUAA